AUUUUCUUGUUAUCUCUCAGUGUUGACUAAGCUCCAAACGAAUCUCCAACUACUUAAAUACAACUACAUAUUUCUACUAUUUAAUAACCUCAUUUGUAAGGUUGUAGCAACAAAGUCAAAGAUUGGAAUAAGGAAAUUAAGAUGGACGAGAUGGAAAUUGAGAAGAGACUCUAUGAAGCUGCAGCUGAAGGAGAUAUAAGAACUUUACAUGAAUUACUUCAACAAGAUGGUCUGAUUCUUGAUAGACUUACCUUAACUUGCUUCAAUGAAACUCCUUUACACAUAGCAGCAAUGCGGGGACAUGUUGAGUUUGUGAAAUUAAUUCUAACUCGAAAUCCCUUGCUUGCUGCUGAACUGGAUUUCCGAAAAUCCUCUGCCCUUCACGUAGCUUCAAUCAAAGGGUACCCAGAGAUUGUGAAGUUGUUGUUGGUAGUGAAUCCUGAAAUGUGUCUGGCUCGUGAUCGCGAUGGUAGAAAUCCUCUCCAUCUCGCAGCCAUCAAAGGUCGAGUUGAGGUCAUUAAAGAACUGAUUCAAACGAGCCAUCUUGCAGCUUCGCAGACGACCAAUCGUGGUGAAAGCAUUCUGCAUUUGUGUGUGAAGCAUAAUCAGCUGGAGGCUUUGAAGCUGCUGAUGGAAGUGAUAUCAGAUUAUCAACUCCUGAAUGCAAGAGAUGGAGAUGGCUAUACCAUUCUACAUUUGGCUGUUUCUGAUAAGCAAAUUGAGACUGUUACAUAUCUCCUAAGGAACAAUCAGAUUGAGGUGAACCUACAGGAUGACAAUGGAAACACAGCACUAGACAUUUUAGCACAAAGCCGGAGAGACAUGAUUGAUCUGCAAAUUGGAGACACUCUCCGUGAAGCUGGAGGCUUAAGAGCCAAGGACAUUCCAUCACCCAACACCCAAAAUUUUGCCAAAUUUCCUAACAAGAAAUCUUCAAUUCAUCAGUCUCACGACAUGGCAGGCGAUUGGCUUUCCAAGAAACGCGAUGCAAUAAUGGUGGUGGCAUCGCUUAUUGCAACUAUGGCAUUUCAAGCGGGAAUGAACCCUCCAGGAGGUUUCUGGCAAGGCAAUGAGGACGUCGAUUCUCAAGGAAACACCCUACAAAUGCCACACAAAGCAGGGGAAGCAGUAAUGGCAUAUAGUCAUCCCAAAUCCUAUCGAUACUUUAUCCGUGUCAACAGCACAGCCUUUGUUGCUUCUCUUAGCACAAUACUGCUGCUGAUAAGUGGAUUGCCCUUCAGGAAAAAGCUCUUCAUGUGGUCUUUGAUGGUUAUCAUGUGGUUGACAGUAACCUCUACAGCACUCACUUAUGGCAUAUCAAUUUACAUCGUCACGCCAAAGAAGGAUAGAGAACAUCUUGGUCAGGUUAUUGAAGUUGCUGUUACAGUGUGGUGCUUUGUAAUGGCAUUACUUUUGCUCGGAAACACAAUUCGUUUGGCCUAUAAAUGGAUGAGAAAGAGGCAUCAAUCAGAAAAAUUCGAGCGAAGAGAAUCUUCCAAUUUAGUUCAUGUCAAUGUUUGAGAAAUUGCUUUUAAAGCGUGAUAUGAUUAUUAUAUCGUUUUAGUUAACGUUUCCAUUGAAUUAAUUAUA